CUGUCUUCUACAGAUCUCUCUCUCUCUCUCUCUCUCUCUCUCUCCUCUCCUCUAGCUGCAAAGAUCUAACCAGAGAGAGGAGAUAGUCGUUGACGGCAAGGAAUAGGUUAGUGAAGCCCCAGUCGGCGUUGAAACCGUCGACGCUCGGUGAGGCCCAAUUCGGCGUUCGCAUCAUUCUCAAUACGGCGUUCACUUCAAAUCCAUUUAUGGUUCUCAGUCUAGCAUCGUCCUUCUCAAUCAAAAAACUUCGACCCAACGACCGUCCUCAUCAUCUGAGUCCGAUCUACUUCGAGUUCGGACCACACCGGCGCCAAUCCAAGGAUUCUCUCUCCUAUUCCAACCUCUUCAACCUUGAGGGUAAUGGUCUUUCAGAUGAGCACAUGCAUCAUGAUGAGUCUGCCGAGCAUUCCUCUCUAGUCGCAUCUCAUGGUGAUCCUCUUGAUUCUGAGCUUGUUGUUUCUAUAAAUGGUGAUGACUUGAAGCAACAAGAAGAGGAAUCUAGACGUAGAAUUGAACUCGAUCAAGGAAGAGGAAAGAAAGCUUGAAGAAACUUUGGAGUAUCAGGGACAAAUUGAGAAGGAAGCUAAGUAGAAGCAGUUUGCUGAGCAAAGUAAGAAAUCUACUCAAACACAUCCGGAUAAAGUGAUAGAGAAACUGCAGGAUGUUAAUUUUGAGCCUUGUGCCAAUGAUCAAGAUAUGCACGAGCCACUCAAGCCAUAUGUGCAGGUGGUGGAUGGAUAUGAGGUUAGCAAAGAAGUUGUCCUUCAGCAGAGACAUAUUGAUGGGGUGCUUCUUUUGGUCAUUUGUAUAGUGUCUGAACCUCAUUUCAGCAAUUUCAGGAAAUUGAUGGUGUCUAUGAUAUUUAUGGUAUUGCGAGGUUGAGGCUUUACUGCAAUGUUAUUGACCAUGUCGGUGAUGAAGUGAAUAUGCAGUUCCUUAUUGGAUAUUCUUUGUGACAAAGGAGGGAAUCAAUAUGGUUGGGGUAAUGAGGAUAAUUAAUAAUGAGGGUGAAACGAUAAUGUAAUUUUGUACAGUGAUUAAGGUAGGUCUUUUGUAUUUUUGUAUGACUUGGCUCUAUUAUAAUAUAAUUUUCAUGUUGGGAUGAGAUCU